GAAAACUCCACAUUCCCACCCAGUCCAGGAGUUGAAACAGUAUCGGAGGGCGAGAGCCUUUCUCUCCAGCACAGACUCCAUCUCCCAGGAGCAAGGAGGAACUCCGUGGGGGAGAGGGGGGCAACAGAGCCCGCGUCCUGCCAGGGCCUGGGAGCAGCUCCGGCCAGUGACUCCGCCAGGAAAAAGCCGGCUGAGCUCCAGGAGCACAGCGCGAAGGUGCAUCGUGCGCUCUGCAGCCUUGCUUCCCAGGCGCCGGUGUCACAGCCACAUGAAGCCUGCUGGGGAGGGAGGGCCAGGGUGCAGCAAGCAGGUUGGGACCGAGGCUGACGUCGUCUCAGGGAGGCGCUGACUCCCAAGGGGACCCCCUUCCUCGUGCCUGGGUGAAAAAUCUUCUCCAGGGGUCCCCGGUCAUCCUAGAUAUCCAGGAUGGUGUUUCUGAAGUUCCUCUGGGUAGGUUUCUUCUGCCACCUGUGCCAGGGCUACUUUGAUGGCCCUCUCUACCCGGAGAUGUCCAAUGGGACUCUGCACCACUACUUCGUGCCCGAUGGGGACUAUGAGGAGAACGACGACCCAGAGAAAUGCCAGCUGCUCUUCAGGGUGAGUGACCACCACCGGCGCUGCUCCCAAGGGGAGGGGAGCCCUGCCAGCGGUCUUCUGAGCCUCACCCUGCGGGAGGAGUUCACCGUGCUGGGCCGCCAGGUGGAGGACGCUGGGCGCGUGCUAGAGGGCAUCGGUAAGAGCAUCUCCUACGACCUGGACGGGGAAGAGAGCUACGGCAAGUACCUGCGGCGGGAGUCCCACCAGAUCGGGGAUGCCUACUCCAACUCGGACAAGUCCCUCACUGAGCUGGAAAGCAAGUUCAAGCAGGGCCAGGAACAGGACAGCCGGCAAGAGAGCAGGCUCAACGAGGACUUCUUGGGGAUGCUGGUCCACACCAGGUCCCUGCUGAAGGAGACGCUGGACAUCUCUAUGGGGCUCAGGGACAAAUACGAGCUGCUGGCUCUCACCAUCAGGAGCCAUGGGACCCGACUAGGUCGGCUGAAAAAUGAUUAUCUGAAAGUGUAGGUGGAAGGCAUACCUCCUGGAGAGGGCAUCGAGUAAGGCCCCUUGUAGAGGGUGGGAGACAGAAGAUGGGGCUAAUAUUUCCCUUAUUCUUAUUAUUUUUUUAUAUCUGGAUUUGCACUUGGAGAAUGAUCUGACAUGAUCUUUUAAAAGGAAGAAGUGAGAGUUGAGUGAUGUGGAUUUUGUACUUUAUUUAUGUUAUUGCUAUUGAUUUAUUAUCUGGAAAGAAUUUAAAGCCAUGCCUCCCACAUUUCCUGAAGGGUUUAUAACUCUGCAGAGACACCUGUUUCAUUCAUAUCUAGAAGGACACAGUUGAUGCAGUAGGGACAGAUUAAACUUCCCUACCCUGGAGAUUAUGUGAAAUCAUCCAGGAAACAUAAGGCAUAGCUCCGUUCCACCCUCAGCCUUCUCUCUUGGGCUCUGCAAGCUGUCAAAAUUGCCUGUUAUCAGAUGAGGUCCAAGGCGCUGCUCUGCAGGCUUGCCAGAGGAUGGAAGUCUCUCCUUCUCCUUUUCUCUUUUAUUUAUUAACCAUGGUCUCCAAGGUUUUGUUUUUAGCUUUUUGUUUAUUUUGUGGGUUUUUUGUUUUUGUUUUUAUUUUUGUUUUGGUAAGAGUACUGGCUAAAAAUUGUAAACAAAUCAUCCUUUACAGGGAGAUGUCUGAGGUGUCUCUGUGGGUGUGUGUAUGUUAAAAUGGCCACAUUUAAGAAGUCUAAGCUAGCUUUGUGGUGGUUCCACACCCAUGUUGAUAUGCUGAGUUUCUAUGUCUCUCAUUGUGUCUGUAGCACUGUGUCAUCAGUGCUACAACCCAUUACAAAGAAAUAGGUUGUUUGAACACACUCUCAAAUGCCUAGGAUUUAAGUUACCAAUGUUUUCUUUCUCAUUGGGGGUUUUGCUUCUGUUUGCUUAUUGGAAACUUGUACUUUAAGUAGAGGGAAUUCUAAAUCUAAUAACACCUUAAUUAAGUUCUAUUACUCAGCCAAUAAAUAUGCUCUUAUAAUA